GAAGCCCCGGCCGGGCGGAGUGGACGCAGAGAGGGAGCAGGGCGUCUCGGCAGGGACAGAGCCCGAGGUGGCCCGAGGGAAGCGGGAGCUGUUCGUUUGAUAUGGGGUAGCCAGGGUGACAGACAGACCAGAGGACGGGUGCAGAAGGAGAUCGGAAGCCUUUGAGCUAGCCCAGCUUUCAGUGGCUCGGGCGCCAUGCCUACGAUAGGACAAGUAGUCCUGAGGGAGAGAGUGUCUCUGAACACGCGUAGAGUUCCUUUCCUCGGUGCCAGAUUCUCCGACACAAAUAUUAUGAAGCGUAAACGGAUGUCACAAUCUCCAAAAUGAACUUGGACCCACUAAUGUGUCUUUGAGCAUUAUAAAUGGGAAGCUACAUACUGUUACCUGCACUCAGAAAAGUGAAAUUCAAGCUAUGUCUACCAACUUAAAGUACCUUUCCUUGGGGAUAUUGGUCUUCCAGACAACAAGUUUGGUCUUGACUAUGCGUUACUCUCGGACGCUGAAAGAGGAAGGACCCCGCUAUUUGUCUUCAACAGCAGUAGUUAUAGCUGAGCUUAUGAAGAUUAUGGCCUGCAUUUUGUUGGUUUACAAAGACAGCAAGUGCAAUUUAAGAGCACUCAACAGAGUGUUACAUGAUGAAAUCCUUAACAAGCCAAUGGAGACCCUAAAACUUGCUAUUCCAUCAGGGAUUUACACACUACAGAAUAACCUCCUGUAUGUCGCCUUGUCAAAUCUAGAUGCAGCCACUUACCAGGUCACGUAUCAGUUGAAAAUUCUUACCACCGCCUUAUUCUCUGUUUCUAUGCUCAGUAAAAAAUUAGGGGUAUAUCAGUGGCUUUCAUUAGUGAUUUUGAUGACUGGCGUUGCAUUUGUACAGUGGCCAUCUGAUUCCCAAGCGGGUGCAACUAAAGAACUUUCAGCCGGAUCCCAGUUCGUGGGCCUUGUGGCAGUCCUUAUAGCCUGCUUUUCAAGUGGAUUUGCUGGAGUUUAUUUUGAGAAAAUCUUGAAAGAAACCAAACAAUCAGUAUGGAUUAGGAAUAUUCAACUGGGAUUUUUUGGCAGCUUAUUUGGAUUGAUGGGUGUGUACAUUUACGAUGGGGAACUGGUAUCGAAGAAUGGUUUUUUCCAAGGUUAUAACAACCUCACCUGGGUAGUUGUAGUUCUUCAGGCACUUGGAGGCCUUGUAAUAGCUGCUGUAAUAAAAUAUGCAGACAACAUUUUAAAAGGAUUUGCAACAUCUUUGUCUAUUAUAUUGUCAACAUUAAUCUCAUACUUCUGGCUGCAAGACUUUGUCCCUACAAGUGUUUUUUUCUUUGGAGCUGUUCUUGUAAUAGCAGCCACAUUCCUAUAUGGUUAUGAUCCAAAGCCUGCAGGGAAUCCUAUUAAAGCAUAGCAGACUCUUCCACACCAGCCUGAUUUGCCAAGACUCUUCAUCCAAGGACCUCCAAAUAACUCUGUACGGAGCACUUCACCAAGCACUGAACAGAAGAGUUUACACUGUAUCUGAAGAACAAUAUGUGAUGUGGCUCAUGGGGAACAAAAAGGGUGGGAAACAAUGUGCUCUUCUGAGGGAAACGGAUGGUCUAGUACAAAGCUUGAAGGAAAACUGUUGCUUCUGGCACCUGCAGUUAGAAAUGCUUCCAGAUUGAACUCUGAGGUUACAUCAGAAUGAUUUAACGAGUUCGACCGCUGCAGAAAUGUCCUAUGCACUCUUCUUGAAAGAGCACGACAAUAUUUGUUGAAUCAUAUAAAAUUUUCUUUUACAAAUUGACUGCUUCAUCUUAGUAAGUAUGAACUUACUGAAUAUCUAUAAAUAUCCAAUCAAUUCAAAAUAAGAUUUAGUUCUACAGUGAUGGCUCUAAUUAGGUAUUCCUCUUUUUUUAAAAAAAUAUUGAAUAUGAUUACAAGGCAUUAUCAUUUCUGGAUUUUUUAUAUAGAGAGCUGACUUAAUAAACAGAAAUUGGUGUUGUAUGAACUUUCAUACAAUAAUGAGAUAUGUUAUGAUUGAUGAGGGGAAGAAUUUGAUAUUUUUACCAUUUGUCAAUCGAAUAAAAAGUAUUGUGUAUGUAAAGGGAUCAAGCAUCUGUGGGAGCUGCACCGAAUGCCCAUUGAAAUGAAUGGCAGCUGCAGAGGUGCAGGGCCUGUCGGUGUGCUACCCCAUUUCUACCAAUGGCAUGGUAAGCUACCAAUGCUGCCGUCAUAUAUGAGUGUGUUCAGAGAACAAUUCUUUUCAUGAUAAGCAAACGGUCUUGGGAUUAACUUAACUGUAGUUUUCGUUGUUUAAAAACUUAAUUUGAAGAAUUUUUUAAAGAUUUACAUGGCUGAUUUUAAAAAUGCAAUGUGUAAAGUUAUUAUAAUAGCUCCUUUUGGAGCCAUUUGGAUGAUAUAUAAUGUGUAUAUACUGUACUAUAUGACAGAGCUUUAAAAAAAUAAUCAUAAACUACUUAACUAAGA